AUGGCAACUGCUGUGGAAACACCAAGGAUACACUCUCUUCCUACCGAGUCCAGUCCGAUGGCGGCUCUUAGUCUUGCAGAUCUGGCCUCCCAGAUCGAGUCUGUUGCUGCUUCUACACCAGACACACACGCGAAUGAUGUUGACCGAAAGCGCCUGCUAAGCGCGUGUGAUCAGCUCCGCAAAAAAUUGGAAACGCCGUUCGAAUUCACCCUGCGGACGGUUUUCGCAGGCUAUCCCGCCAUAGCCCUUCGGCUUGGUAUUGAUAUGAAAAUCUUUGAUGCGGUAGCGCAGCACAUCGAGUCUUCGGGCGAGAAGACCAUCACUCUGUCGCAGCUGGCGGAGAUGACCAAAGCUGAUCCUCUGCUUGUGUCACGUGUCAUGCGCUUCCUGUCGGCAUUGGGAAUCUUCAAAGAAGUCGAACAAGAUGUGUACGCUUCAACUCCUGUGGCAGCAGGCUACGUCUCGAGCUCGCCUCUCUCUGCGGCGGUGAUUCACGUUACGCACUUCUCAAUGGUCCUCACUCAGCUCCCGGCCUACUUCCAUGAGAAAGGCUGGCAGAAUCCCAACAAUGUCCUCGAUGGCCCCUUCCAAUUCGCCACCAAGACAAAGUCGCACUACUUUGACUUCCUCUCCGGAGAACCUUAUUACCAACAAGCCUUCAACACGGUCAUGACCAUCUCUCACCGUCGCCAAGGCAAGAACUGGUUCGAUUUCUUCCCAGUGGAGGAGAAACUGGGCGGUGUGACAAGCGACUCCGAUGUUGUCCUCGUCGACGUGGGCGGUAGCCAGGGAGGUGAUAUUAUCGCCUUCCAAAAGCAAUUCCCCAGCGUCAAGGGUCGUCUCGUUCUGCAAGACCUACCAAUUGUUAUCGAGGCAAUUAAAGAUGGCGAGCUCCCCGCGGGUAUUGAGGCGCAGGGAUACGACUUUUUCGACCCGCAGCCCGUCAAGGGUGCCAAAGCCUACUAUCUCCGCACCGUGCUGCAUGACUGGCCCGAUGAGCAGGCGAGACAGAUUCUGGCUCGUGUUCGUGAGGCGAUGGCGCCUGAUUCAUUACUGCUCAUUAACGAGACUUUGCUCCCAGAGUCAGGCAUUGCGCUGUCCUCGGCGCAGGCGGAUCUGACCAUGAUGGUUUCAUUUGCUUCGUUGGAACGAACAAAGGCCCAGUUUGAACAGCUGCUGAAUGAUUCUGGGUUUGAGCUGGUGAAGGUUUGGAUGCCGGAGGGAUUCACGGCGAGCUCGGCGGAGCUCGCCUCGCAGGCGACUCUGCUCGAAGCGAGACUGAAGUCUUCCUAG